AUGAGGAAUACGAGUCGUGCGCGAACGACCUAUUGCGAGAAGCGUCGUUACGGAUCCGUAAAGACUCCGCACAAGAUUCGCAUCCGUAACGCGUCUACUCGCGAACAACCUGUGAGACUUCACAAGAAGCUUCCACCAAUUUAUGAACUUCGACAAAGAUGUGAGAUAACUUUGGGAGCGAGAAAGAAGUUGUGCAGGACUGAUAACUUCAAGAAGGACAUGUGGUGUUGUCCAUACUUCAACGAAUUCCACUUUAUGCUCAUUGUCGUGAGAAAUCAAUUUGGUGCUAUUCUUGAUGGGUCUGAAGAGAACAAGUCUACUUGCAUCGUUUUGUUUUUGGAUCCAAUGGGCGCUAUGAUUAAUUAUCGUGGUCAGCGUGUGCUCCUUAUGAGAGUCAAGAACCUCCCACUCCAAUCGAAUCUAAUUGACUGCGGUCCAUCAGUGGUAUCUUAUUUGGAAACAAUUCUAGAUAAUCAACGUGGAUUUCUCAAUAGAAAUGUUGAUGCGGAUCUCGACUGGAACACUUUGGAACUCAACGGGAACAAUUCAAUUGAUGUAUCUCGUAGCAAAGUACGCGCCAGAAUGUUGCGACGUGUUUCAAGUGAGACUCGCGGCCGACUGUCUCGAAUGGAAGCCUGGAAAAAUGAGGAGUAUGUGUCAACUUACGACAAAGAUCCACUUUACAUGAAGGAGCCAAGCAGUGGUCGGAUGAGAAGUUUGGAGCUGAAGCCGAAAACUAGAAAGCCAUACAAACGGAACAUCUCGGCUGAUUUCGUUACUAACAAGAAUCCAAGAGAACUCCAGAGGCAAAUAACGUUGAGAGCAGUAAGAAAUCUAGAUGAGCAAAAUACUUUUUCCAACCUUCCUAUCAUCUCUGCCUACCAUUAA